AUGCAAGAGAGAAGCAAACAAUAUCACAGCAGCCAAACUGAUUUACCAAGGACAUGUGUAUGUAAUUCGGGUGCCGAACAUGGCGAUGGACGACUUCGGACACUAAGAGGCGUGAUGCUGACCGAGACAGCAAGGCCACAAAGGGUGCGUUGCGUUGUGGAAAUUUGCACCCUCAACUGUUGAGGUCACCCACGCCCCAGAGGAGAGGGGAGGGGUCCGCCUGAACAACAGAAGGGGGGACCUCCGCAGGUGAAAGGGAUUCUGAUCGGUGAAGUUGUGUUGUCCUUACACUUGCAAGGCAUGUGCAUGAAGCCAGAAGCAAGCCACUGUCGUCGAACCAAGAAACGGGCAUAUGCCGAAUCGCCAGGAGUGUCGCACCAAAGCUUUGCCCCUGAAAGCAGGGUG